UCCGUUUCCGGUGCCUGUGACGGAGUCUGCGACAGGAGCCGCCAUGGAGCUGGAUGUCGAGCGGCUGUCGCCCAAAGAGGAGGGCGAGCUGGAGGAUGGCGAAAUUGACGAUGACAACGACGAGAACGUUUACCCGGAGUCGCGGCUUGUCUCGUCUUCCAUUCCCAAGCCCAGGCCCAGCAACAGCGGGGGCUCGGGCCCCAAAAGCCACCGGCCGCUGGGCUCGGGGAAUGGCCUCGUGUACCGGCUCAAGGAGCCGUACCGGGGCUUCACACAGCCACCGCCGCCUCCUCCUCCUCCCCCGCCCGCUCUCCUCGGUGACUCGCCCCGCUCCAACUUCUGGGAGAGGAGCCACGGCACCUUCGGCCGUUUCCGCUUUCGGGAGGGGUCCAACCGCGGCCGCUGGGGCCGGGGCUGUCCGGGAGCUGGCCCUCGGGGAUCUAAGAGGGGGAGACCGGGGCCCGGGCCCGCCUUCAUCGGGAACAGCAACAACAUCCGCAGGGAUUCUCCGCCCAGGAAACCAAAAUUCUUUGGACGGUUCCCAUCAAGAAGACCAGCUCAGUAUUGCAGAAAUGAUGAUGAUAUGGAUGAAACAUUUGAAGAUCUUCUUAGGAAAUAUAAAGAGAUUCAGCUGGAACUGGAAUGCCUUAAUAGAGAAGAAAAAAUGUCUCAGACUACCAAGGGAGAAAACUUGCUGGAGGAGGACAGUAGUGUUGUGUCUGGGAAUGUUAAUGUAGAAACCAACAGUAUUGAAAAGAACAAUUUACAGCUAUCCACUGAAAAACCUCAGGUGAAAGCUUUUCAGGCAUUUGAACUAAAACCUUUAAGACAGAAGCUACGUGCACCAGCUCAGAUGGAACAAGACAGCCAAAAACCAGAACCAUUGGAGCUUUCAACAAAUAAACCAGAGUCUGAAAAUAAAGAUCCAGACCAUUCUAGUUCAAAUAGUAAAGGAUUUUUGACAGAAUCUCCUUUCAAGGACAUUGUCAAAGUGGAUGAUGAAGAAGUUGAGGAAGAGAGGGAAGAGGAGGAAGAAUUGUCAGAACUCCAGUUGCGCCUUCUUGCAUUGCAGUCUGCUAGUAGAAAGUGGCAACAAAAGGAACAAUGUGUAAUGAAGGAGAGCAAAGAUAAGCUUACGAAGCCAAAAAUCUCUCAGCAGAAAGUCCGAAGUAGCCCUAAAACCCAUAUGCUGAAGAAACCACUUACUACAGCUGUCGCUACAAAGCAGGUUUUGCGAAGACAGAAAACCAGUGCGUGGAAAAAAUUACAGCAGCAAAAAGAACAAGAAAAGCAAAGAAAGGAAGAGGAAGAGAAAAAACUUAUGGAAGAGGAAGAACGCAAAAAACGUGAGGAUGAAAUCAGAAAAAUUCGUGACCUCUCCAAUCAGGAGGAGCAGUACAAUCGUUUUAUGAAACUUGUAGGAGGGAAAAGAAGAUCUGGUAGCAAGUCGACAGAAUUUGAUAUCAAAAAAUCACAGGAGAGGCCAAUGGAAGAAUCUGGAAACCUGUACCAGUAUGAUAAUUAUGAAGAAGUUGCUAUGGAAACAGAUAGUGAAACCAGUUCACCAGUAUCAUCUCCAGUGCCAUCUUCAAUCUCUGUGGAUUACCAGUCAGGGUAUUUUGUUCCAAUGCCACCUGUGCCAGUAUCUUUACAGCAUCAAAACAUGGUGGAUCCUAUAAUUCCGAAUUACUUAGAGUCCUACUUCCCUAGUCCCUUGGAACUGCCUAUGCCACCACCACCCCCACCACUACCUCCAGAGGAACCUGAGCAGCCACCUAAACCUCCGUUCGCCGAUGAGGAAGAAGAAGAAGAAAUGCUCCUUAGAGAGGAAUUGUUAAAAUCCAUAGCAAAUCGGCGUGCUUUGAAACCAGAGGAUUCACCUGAUAGUUGUGACAUGGCUUUUCCACCUCUUCCUAUUGAAAACUCCCAAUGUGGGCCAAUAAAUAAUCUUUCAACUGCUGACCUGAACUCUACAUUACAACCACGUCCCCAAAGUGCAAAGUUUACAAGAGGACCUUCAGCUCCUCGUCCAUUAAUAAUGAUUCCAAGGCACAAAGCUGUAGUAGUGAGACUGGAUGACUCUGAUGAUAGUGAGUCAGAUAAUGAACAAUCCAAUUUAAAUGUGGGUGUCUUUGGAGGUUUGGAGUCCAUGAUUCGAGAAGCCAGAAGAUCUGCAGAGGCCUCAAAACCGAAGCCAAAACUAAAAGCAGAAAAGGAAAAUGAUCCUGCUGGAACCAAAGAUGGAUCUUCUGAGGGGGCGAAAAAGGAAAAUAGACUUUUAAAGGAAGAAAAUAUCAGUCGUGAGAAACAGCGACUGCUGAAGUCUGAUUUGUCAAGGGCUAGUCCGUCCCUGGUUCGCUCAGAUGCUGAAGUAAAUGCUAUUGGAAAAAGAACAGUGGUCAGUAAACAACUGUCAGAUGUUGAAGACAGACUCAGAAAACACAAUUUCCUCUUGACAAAAGAUGAAUCUCUUCUAUCAAAUUUGUUACAACAAGAAGCAAAGAAGAAAGAAGCACUGCGUCAAGCUGAAGCCAAAUAUAUGAAGCACAAAGAACAGUUGCAGGCAGCUGAAAAGAUUGUGAAUGCUAACAGAAUGCUUCUUAAAAAGCUUCAAGAACAGAUCCAUAAAGUAAAACAUCGAAUACAGGUUAAAAAGAAUUUAUCAGUAAGAUAUGAAGAAUUUGCAAGAGCAAAAGCUGUUGCUAGUCAAGAAGUGGGGAAACGUAAACGUGAACAAGAUUCCUUUGUUGCUAACAAGAAUAUCCGGUUGGAUGGCUCGUCUAAACAUGUGGCAAUCUUAAAGAAACAAUCUGCUGAAUACAUAGCUAUGGAGAAAAAACGUUUGCAGCAACUUGAAUAUGAGUAUCGGCUGAAGAUUCAAAAACUGAAGGAGGCACAGGCCUUAAGGAAUGCCGGGCAACCUGAUUUGCAAGGGAUAGAGGAAGAGCGUGCAUUUGUGGUGUCCCAGCCUUCUCUGCAUGACCUAACACAGGAUAAACUUGUUCUUGACACUGAAGAAAAUGAUGCAGAAGAUGAAGUGCAGUCCCCGUCUCUAAGGGAACGAAGGAGGUCAUUCCGAGAAUCAAACUCUUUUACUAAGCCAAAUCUCAAGCACAAAGAUCUAAGUCAGGGGAAAGAAACUUUAAGCAAGCCUAUGAAGAAAAGCUUUGACGAACCUGAGCUGUUUCUUGGGCUCAAUAUUGAUGAUCUCAAAAAGCUUCAUGGAGAGGCUGAUGACUUGAAAACAUUGCUUCAGAAGACUUCACUAUCAGUGUCUUCCAAAGAGAAACCUGUGUAUGGCCAGGAGAUUCCUGUGGAUUUGGAUAUAGUAUUGGCACAGUCAAGACAAACUGAUUUGAAGCCAACUGCCUUUGGACCGUAUAAUAGCCCGCUUUUGGUCUUCAAAUCUUACAGGUUCAGUCCUUACUUUCGUAACAAGGAAAAACUUCUGAUUAGUUCAGUCUCCUACAGCAACUUGAUUGACCCCAAACAAAGUUUCUGUCGCUUUGAUUUAACUGGUACAUGCAAUGAUGAUGAUUGCCAAUGGCAACACAUGAGAGACUGCAUUUUAAAUCAAUGCCAGCUGUUUCAAGAUCUUCUCUCCUACAAUUUAUCUCUGAUUAAAUGUUCAGAUUUUAGUACAGAUGAAGAAAUCAGGGUUGCAGCAGAAAAUUAUGUGGAUAAACAGUUCGGCAAAAACAAAGAUCGUAUGACCACGGAUGAGAUGGCUGUUCUCCUUGUUAGCCAAGUGAAUGAGAGUACUGGUCACACACCUCCUUUUACAACGUUCAAAGACAGAAGGAAAUGGAAGCCCCAGAUUUUGAGAAAGCAAGUUUCUGAGAGUGGCACCAUUAAUGGCAGCGAUGAUGAACAAAAUUCUGGGCCAAUAAGAUAUGCCAAGUCUGUGGAACAUUCAUGGCCUGGAACCCAUGCUUUGGAUGCAGUUAUUACCCCAGAUGAUGUUCGGUAUUUUGCAGCAGAGACUGAUGACAUUGCCAAUCUUGAAACCAGUGUGAUGGAGAAUCCCCAAGAUGUGCAGCUUUGGAUUAAACUUGCGUACAAAUACAUGAAUCAAAAGGAAGGGACUCCAACAGAAUGUUUAGAUGCAGCACUGAAUGCUUUAGCUCGAGCACUUGAAAUUAACAGAACAGAUCCUGAAAUUUGGUGCCAUUAUCUCAACUUGUUUUCAAAACGAGGUACAAAGGAAGAGGUUCAAGAAAUGUGCGAGACAGCUGUACAGUAUGCCCCUACAAAUGCUGUUUGGUGGACUUAUUUGACGCUCGAGAAUUCCUUUGAUGGAAAAGACUAUGUGUGCAGUCGAAUUGUGCAGUUCCUAAUGGAAACAAUUGAAAAAUCUGAAAAAUCUGAAAUUCUGUCUUUUCAACUACUUCAAUCCCUCCUUUUUUGGGUGCAAUUAAGUCUCUUUACUGGAAGGCAUCAGAAUGCACUGGCCAUCUUUCAG